UGAAAGGAGCCUUAUGGAGGAGGGAGAGAGGGUGUGGUGAACCACUGUAUAAAGCAUCCUUUGCAUCCAUUUCUCCAUCACCACAGAUCGUCCAAGGCUGACUUCCACUCUCCACACUCCUACAGUCUCAGAACUAACUCCGGUCUCAUCAUGUCUGACACCAUGAACGCUAUGACUCUCCUCAUCGAAGUCUUCAACAAACAUUCUGGGAAGGAGGGGGACAAGACCACCCUGAAUAAGGCAGAGCUGAAGGAGCUGAUUCAGGCUGAGUUUGGGGAUUUGCUGGGGAAAGCCAAUGACAAGGCAGCAUUAGACCGCAUCUUCCAGGACCUGGACAGAAACAAGGAUAACAGCGUGGACUUCAACGAGUUCAUCACCCUCAUCUGCUGCCUUACUCAGAUGUGCCAUGAGUACUUCACCAGCAAGAAAUAGGGAUCCAGGCGCCACCUUGGGGCCGACAUAAUGAUCCCACUGUGACAAUGAAGUGUCCCUUUACAGCUGUUUCAAAGGAAGAAAUAUUUACUAUUACGCUCAAGCACCAUUAGCUAAAACACAAUAAAAUGACCAUGAAAUUGAAAUGAGAUAUAUUGCAUUGCAAAUUAAAAUAAAUUUUUUUAACAGUUGA